AGGACCAGCUUUUUGGCACUAAUAAUGUGUUUGGUGCCGAAGACAGUUGAUACCGACAACAGUGUUUAUCCCAGAAUAAGGCUCUCACACAAAGAACUCUGGCAAUUGAACAGAACCUGGGUUUUUCAAGUCAACGGCGUCCCUCUUCAGCCCCAGACCAUGCUGUUGGAUGAAGGCCACGAGAGGCUUUACGUCGGGGCCAAGAAUACCCUGUUCUCCCUCAGCCUGGACCAGGUCGACAUGCACCACAGCGAGAUCCAGUGGGCCAGCACCGAAACGCAAAUAGAGGAAUGCUUGAUGAAGGGGCGGGAAAAGAUGGAGUGCGCAAAUUACAUCAAGGUCUUGCAGCAGUACAACCAGACACAUCUUUUGGUCUGUGGGACCGCAUCGUUUAACCCCAUCUGCGCACUUGUUCAUGUGGGACACAGAGGAAGGGACAACCUAUUCAUUCUGCAAGAGGAAAGCAUUUCAAGUGGGAAAGGCCGGUGUCCGUUCAACCCCAACAGUCCAUGCACCUCUACACUCUCAGGUGGAGAGCUGUACAUUGGCCUUUACACGGACUACUGGGAGAAUGAUGCUGCUUUGUGUCGACUAAAUAACCGCACCUAUACGCGCACUGAGAGGGACGACAGGCAGCAACUAAAUGAGCCGAGAUUUGUCGGUUCAGCGCUUAUUCCCGACAACGACGACAAAGAUGAUGACAAAGUUUACUUCUUCUUCACCGAACGUGAGGUGGAUGCAGAAGGCGUCAACAAGGCCGUCUACACCCGCAUCGGACGAGUCUGUGCGAAUGAUCAAGGGGGGCAGCGGAUGCUGGUCAAUAGAUGGAGCUCCUUUCUGAAAACUAGACUAAUUUGCUCCGUGGCUGGACCCGAUGGCAUUGAUACUCACUUUGAUUUACUUGAGGACGUCUACGUGCUCAAGAACAAGGAUGGGAAAAACCCAGAAAUCUUUGGUCUCUUUAGCACAACAAGUGCUGUGUUUAAAGGCUAUGCAGUUUGUGUCUACCACAUGGACGACAUCAGAGCAGCAUUUAAUGGUCCGUUUGCCUUCCGGGAAAGACCUGAGCAUCAUUGGACUCCUUCUGAGGACAGAGUCCCUUACCCACGACCUGGAUCUUGUGCCAGCAAAGUCAACGGCGGAGGCUUCUCCAGCUCCAAGGAGUUUCCCGAUGAGGUUCUUCGCUUUGUGCGCUCUCACCCAGUCAUGUAUCGUCCAGUUCUUCCGCAACGUCAAAGGCCGGUCUUCCUGCAGACUGAGCCGAGCAGGAGAAGGUUGACUCAGAUUGCGGUGGACAGGGUCCAAGCCCAGGAUGGACCUUAUCAUGUUCUUUACAUUGGGACAGAUGACUCACUAGUUCUCAAAGUUAUCACAAUCUACAACAAAGACGCGGACACAAUAGAAGAAGUGCUGCUGGAGGAACUUCAAGUUUUUGAGUUUCCAACACCAAUAAAAGAGAUGAUUAUAUCACCUAAAAGGCAACAUUUGUACGUGGGCUCCGAAGCAGGCGUUGCUCAGGUCAAACUGCACCAGUGCGCCCUCUAUGGCUCUGAAUGCGCCGAUUGCUGCCUGGCUCGAGACCCUUACUGCGCUUGGGACGGUCUCACCUGCUCUAGCUACUACCCGGGUGGAGUGUACACCAAAAGACGAUUCAGGCGACAGGAUAUUCGUCAUGGCAACGCCGUCCAGCUGUGCAACGGCCUGCAAAUUGAUGAUGAACAAUGGCACAAAUCCGAGGAGAAGACUGUGUAUGGUGUCGAAGGCAACAGCACAUUGCUUAACUGUGUCCCUCGAUCUCUUCACGCCAAGGUGCUCUGGUUCAUACAAAAUGGGGACAACAAACAAGAGGUUCACGAAGACGAGCACGUGAUCUGGACUCCGCAAGGGCUUCUUCUUCUUAGCGUCCGUAGCUCUGACGCCGGCGUGUACGUCUGCCAGACAGUGGAACACGGCUACGUGCACACCCUAUUACGCGUCACCCUACACGUGCUCAGCGGGGACGCUUUGGACCACGCUAUCAAGCCUAACCAUGACAAAACCGGAGCCCCAUGUCAGUCCCAGGCCAACCCCUCCACACGCCCAAAUUUCAGCCCCAGAGCUGCUUUGCCCGGCCCCCAUUCCAGGCAGUGGUACAAGGAGUUCCUCCAACUGGUCGACUACAGGGACGCCCAAAGAGUGGAUGAAUACUGCGAGAGGGUGUGGUGCCCCGAUAAGAAACGUAAAAAGAGCAAAAAGAAAUUUGUCUCUUCCAGAGGUGAGAAGAAAGCUAAAAUCAGGGUGGCUGAAGGUAGCCAACGUGCUCCCAGACACACGUUAGACACCUGA